AUGAAGCUCAAAUUAUACAAUGAUAUAGUGGCAACGAUUCGAAAAUUUCGAGGUUUCUCAAAGGAUUGUAGAGAUGUUUUAAAAGAAAAGUAUAGCGAGUAAGGUCAUUUUCUUCAAAAAAAUUUCCAUUUAAUUAUUAUUCGCUAAAAUAUUCUUAUUUUAUCUAGUAUUCCAAUAUAUACGUUGUACAGUAUAUUAUCUUUAGAAGUGCAACACAAAAUGAAAAUCAAUCAUAGCAAGUUGUUUGGUAAUAACAAAAAUUAUUAUGACACUUACAUAGAAGCUGUACAAAAUGGAGAACCUGUUGGAAUUUUACUGAAAAUGGCUAAGGACAUUGGUGCACCUCCUGCAUUAUUAGCUAGAAAUGUUCUUGAAAAACAUUGUGGAAAAGAUGAAUCUAAUGUUCUGUAGGUCAAGAAUAUGAGUUAAAGUUACAAAACUACUUAAUAGAACGAAAUCUUGCAUUCCGCAAUGAGGAACACUUAAGAUCAAGAGGAUAUGACAAAACACCAGAUUUCAAACUUGAAGUACCAAUUGCAGUAAAUGGCUUUGUGAUUAAUUGGAUAGAAUCUAAGGCAAGAUUUGGAAAUACAGAAAUACAUCAAAAGUAUAUCAAAGAACAAUUUUUAAGCUACUGGAACAGAUUUGGUCCAGGACUUGUAAUUUACUGGUUUGGAUUUUUGGACAAUCUAAAUGAACCCAGCGAAAAAAGAUUUAUUAUCAUGGAUCAUUUCCCAAAAGAUAUUACGUACAUGGAUCCUACUUGUAUUAAACCUGCAACUUCAUAA